AUGGCAACUUCUUCCACCUUCUUCUCUCCUUUCCUUUUCCUGUGCAUGCUGGUUCUUUCUGACAUCAGUCUUGCAGUCUCCCUGGACCCUGGCACAAAGCUCAAAAAUGUCCCAGAGAACAACAACCACCUUCAAAACCAAGAGAUGUGGCUGCAGCAGCCCAGAAGCGAGCACCACCACAAGCAGGGCUUGGCCAAGAAGGAGAGGGUCCAUGCCAUGCCUUCUAGAGGGCGGCCGGCUGGGGAAGAGACCCUCAGAACGGGUAGCGGGGCCCAGAUGGUGGCAGAGGGACAGGCAGCAGCCCUGAAACAGAAUAAGGAUGUGUUCCUGGGUUUUGAGUUCCCAUAUCCUGAGAGGGAGAACCAGUCCCCUGGGUCUGAGAGAGGAAAGAAGCAGAACCGAGAGCAUCGGCGCCACAGCCGCAGGGACAGGCUGAAACACCACAGAGGGAAGACUCCUGAUGCUGGGCCAAGCUCCCUGUACAAGAAACCUGAAAGCUUUGAAGAACAGUUUCAAAAUCUCCAGGCAGAGGAAGCUACAAGUCUGACUCCCACCACACUCACUGCACUGGAGCUGGCUGCGUCCACAGAAGAACCUCCUGUUCUUCCAGCCACAUCACCACGGUCACAGGCCCGCCUCAGGCAAGAUUGGGAUGUGAUGCCCACCCUAGAUAUGGCACUCUUUGACUGGACAGAUUAUGAGGAUCUCAAACCAGAAAUGUGGCCAUCUGCUAAAAAGAAAGAAAAACGCCGCAGUAAGAGCCCUACCAGUGGAAAUGAAACCGUGAUGGCUGAAGGAGAGCCAUGUGAUCACCACCUUGACUGCCUCCCAGGCUCUUGCUGUGACUUGCGUGAACACGUCUGCAAACCACACAAUCGAGGCCUUAACAACAAAUGCUAUGAUGACUGUAUGUGCACUGAAGGGCUACGCUGUUAUGCCAAAUUCCACCGGAACCGAAGAGUGACCCGGAGGAAAGGGCGCUGUGUGGAGCCUGAAUCUGCCAACGGAGAGCAGGGAUCCUUCAUUAAUGUCUAGGAGGGUGGGACUCCUGCCUGGGUGGUCAGGAGCUGGGGUCAAACUGUUUAUGCCUUGCAAUGGGAAUUAGAGGAAAAAGUCAAGCAAAUGACUGAAGCUGCAGGAUCUGAAACAUGCUAGGUUCCAACAAGACUGAAGCUCAUGUUAACUAUAAAUAGAGUGGCCUCAGCCUUUCCAUACCAGGACUGCAUUCCCCCUCCCUUCCCUCAGCACAUUCCUGUCAUUAAGCCGGGUCCCCCUCUGCCGGUUACUGAGAGAUCACGACUACCAUUCUGAUGGCAAGACAUGAAAGAUCCUUCAGGUCAAAGGGGAUAUGAGCUUAAACUUUACCCCU